GGGGCCAGAGGCCUCGGCCCGGUUUCCCGUCCCGCUCGGCCUUCCCAGGUCUCGGCUCCUGCUCCGCCAUGGCUCCCAAAGGCGGCUCCAAGCAACAGUCCGAGGAGGACCUGCUCCUGCAGGAUUUCAGCCGCAACCUGUCGGCCAAGUCCUCCGCGCUGUUCUUCGGGAACGCGUUCAUCGUGUCCGCCAUCCCCAUCUGGUUAUAUUGGCGAAUAUGGCAUAUGGAUCUUAUUCAGUCUGCUGUUCUGUAUAGUGUGAUGACCCUAAUAAGCACUUAUUUGGUAGCCUUUGCAUACAAGAAUGUGAAGUUUGUUCUCAAGCACAAAGUAGCACAGAAGAGGGAGGAUGCUGUUUCCAAAGAAGUGACUCGAAAACUUUCUGAAGCUGACAACAGAAAGAUGUCUCGGAAGGAGAAGGAUGAAAGAAUCUUAUGGAAGAAGAAUGAAGUUGCUGACUAUGAAGCUACAACAUUUUCCAUCUUCUAUAAUAACACUCUAUUCCUCGUCUUGGUCAUUGUUGCUUCCUUCUUUAUUUUGAAGAACUUCAACCCCACAGUGAACUACAUUUUGUCCAUAAGUGCUUCAUCAGGACUCAUCGCCCUCCUGUCUACUGGCUCCAAGUAGACCAUGUCAGCUUAGCCCCUGGCUUCGUAUCUAUGGGUGGCCUGUGGUAUAUGGGAAAGUAGCAGGGUGGUCAGGGUGGGAGACACACAAGAUGUUUUCAUAGUCUGCAGUUGGAGGGUUUAUUUUAAAAACUCUCCAGAAUGUAAUUCAGUAUUUGUUUAUUGGCUCUUUUUGACAGUUGUUGAAAUUAAAUGAAUUGAAAGGGAUCCUCAGAGUACCAGGACCUUUAUUAAAAGGCAAGAAGUGUCUCACAAUGUGCUAUAAUCACAAGAGGGGAAAAUAACUUGUUUCCUUGUUCUGUCAGAGGUCACAGUAACCUGGACUAGGCUGUUAUUAUUUAUAAUAGUAGCAAGAAGUUAAUAACUGGCUCUCUGUGUUCCAAGCACAAUAUUACAACUUUUUAAAAACCAUAAAUAUCAGAAUGAAUCCUCUUCCCAGGGGAUUGAACAGAAGCUUUGUGUUUACAAGUCUCUGAAUUUCAGAUUGAAAUAACUCAAAAUUAAAAACAUGGUUUUUCUAAACUUGAGGAAGAAAAACUUGUGGAAAAGCCCCCUCCCCCUCCCUUCUUUUAAAGGAGAAAGGCAGCCAAGGUAGUAACCUAAAAAUAGUGCUGAGGCAUAUGAGAGUCCUCCUGUGGGGUUCAGGCGCACACUGCUCAGCUGUACGGCUUUGGCCCUGGGUGGCCAGGGAGGUCAGUUUGACCUGCCAUGUUGGUUUGAUGUGUUAAGACAUUGGGCUCAUUGUUUCCCCUGGUCAGGCACUCAUGCCACUGGAAGAAUGUUGAGAGAGAACCUCCUUUGCUGAAUACUGACAUGUAAAAGACCAGAGUAAAUUUUAGGGCUGGAAUUCUAUGAACUCCCCAAGGAAUUUGCAGUGGUUAAAGUGCUUGUCAGCUUUUUCCAUUAGGACUUUCAUCACUGACUGUGCACAGGGUGCCCUGGAUUGUGAGUGAAAUAAAUGAUCUCCUCAGCCCCUGGGAUCCAGCUGAGAGCAGUCUCAUGCUGUUUUGUUUUUGUUUUUGUUUUACAGAUGUUAACUAUUUCUUCUGUGUUUCAAGACUUUAAAAAGUUGGGCAAGUUCUUCUUUGAUACUAUGAUGUUGAUUGCUAUUAGCUUUUGACUGUAUCUAGUAAUUUCCUGCAGACAGUAUCUCAAAGGAAAUCUAUUUCUAAUCUUCUUGAUGUAAGAUGAAUGUUAUAAAUGAUAUUAGCUGUUUCAUUUAUGACUUUAUAAAAAGGUAUCCAUCAGGAAUUCAGUCGCUGUUUUGCACUGUUGGAUAUGUUGGUAGCCUGCUUCCUAGAACCUGGAGGACAGGACCAGGAGUACAUUUGCUUAGUGACCCAGGUCAUCGUCUGCAAUUGAGGAUUAUAUUUCAUCGUUGUGUCUAGAGGUCUACAGUUCUUUACUGUUCUUGUUUUCUGAGUGCCAUCAUUGGAUGAGCUGGAGGGAUUUAACUUUUCUUUACUGUUGAUUAAGAAACCAGUCAGUAGUUUGGUGGCCAGGAGUUUGUGUUCCAAAUGCAUUUGCUGCUUUGUCAGUCUACUUGGUCCCAGAUACCUGUUUUAAUUGCUGGGAAAUGCUUGCCACUAGAUGGCAGUGCCUGUAUAGAGGGAGACAAACCCAUUCCUGGUAUGCAGUGUAAAUGAGAGAGUGGUGAAACAGGGGUGUCAACCUGAUGUUAAUGGAAUUUCUCUUCAGAAAAUGUAUAGGUGACUGAAUAGAAGAAGCAAAAUUUUUUUGUCUUGAAAUUUUCCCAUGAUAUUCUUCUCUGGCGUUUUCUUUCUACUUUUAGAUAAAUGUGCCAAAGCAUAUAGAUUUUCGUUAAAGAUUUAUUCCUCCGGUACUUACCUCUUGGGCAUUGAGAAACCUUUCGUCCAGAACUCUCCCCUCAUCUGAAAGAGCUGCCUGGCACAGGUUUGUAAUGUGCAGAAUCUGAUUUAGAUAGAAAUGUGCUGCAGAAUUACUCUAAAAGGGCUCCAGACCCAGCACCAGUAAAGUAAAAGAGUCUGCUGCAAUUGGAAUUCAAAAUGAUGGAAUUUUUUUAUUUUUUAACUCACAAGGUGGAAGCUUAAAAUACUAGAAAGGUUUCAUUUCCUUACUUUUAGUUUCCUCAUUUAUGAAGAACUUAAUAAAAAUCUUGGAUUGAAAUUUA